CUAUACGUAAUAAUUAUUUAGGUAUAUAUUAUCAUAUACACUUUUAAUAUCUUAUUUAUUAUAUAGUAUUAUUAACGAACCGUAUUUUCGGAGCACCCGUUUUCCGUUUCUCCAACGGGACGUCGAAAAGGUUCCCAAAAUAUUUUUUAGUCAAUCGUUUUGUACUUAUCGUUUUUUCUGAUCUCUACUGCAUUCAUAGUCCAUAGCUGUUAUAUAGUUCUAAAAUAUGUCCUGUUGCUCGGUCUGAACAUUAGUUCGAAUCAUUAUUUACAAGUUCUGCCAAUCAUAGGAUAACUAUCAUAAUGGGACCAAAGCCUGAGGACAUCUUAAAUGGAUUCCAAGUCAAUUGGAUGAAUUUAAGAGACGCCGAUACGGGAGUUGUAUUAUGGCAAGGCACCGAGGAUCUAUCAUUACCCGACAAGGAACACGAAGCUAAAGUACCAAAAAAGAUAUUGAAGUGUAGAGCUGUAUCCAGGGAGAUCAAUUUUUCAUCUGUAGAACCUAUGGAAAAACUAAGGUUACAACAAAAAGUACUGUUUAAGGGUCGUUGUCUUGAAGAAUGGUAUUUUGAAUUUGGUUUUGUUAUUCCUAACUCAACUAACACUUGGCAGUCGCUUAUUGAAGCAGCACCAGAAUCACAAAUGAUGCCUGCAAAUGUUCUAAAUGGUAAUAUUGUGAUAGAAACAAAUUUCUAUGAUGAUGAUCUGCUGAUAUCAUCAUCAAAAGUUCGGCUAUAUUAUGUUUAAUUACCAAGACAUUCUAUUUUGUGCACUAUUCAAAAAUAUUUAGAUAGAAAAUUUUUUGCUUGGUACAUAUAUAGCCAAGGUCUAAGAACACGGAGAACAAGUCCUCACUGCUGUGAUUGUUUAGUAUUUUAAUUUGAUUACUUGUAUAUGUGAUUAAAUGUUUUUCUUUAUUGUAAUUAGUGUUUAACUUAUUAUAUAACUAUUCUAAAUGUAAAACCAUAUAAUAUUUAUAUUCAAUUUAUAUUUUAAGUAAUUAGAAUGUCAUACAUAAUGAAACUAUUUACACACAUAUUGAUCUUGCUUAAGCAUAUUAGUAUGAAAUUCAAUUUCUACAAACAAAUUACUUUUAAGUUUAACACCUAAUCUGGACAUAUAGUUUCAGUUGUUAGAUAAUUGUCGAAUUAUUAAUAUAAUWGCCACUUGCAAGACUACCAGAGCUGUUCAUUUUAUGUAAACUGUAUUGUCUAGCACAUAUUAUUAUAAUUAUGUACUUAAUACAAUUAA